AGAAGUGAAGUUGAAGACUAAAUCACAGUCCACAGUGUUGUUUUUUUUUUUUUUUUUUUUUUUUUUUUUUUUUUUUUCCCUGCACAGAAAGCGAACCUUCUCUUUUCCUCCCAUUAUUACUCUCUCCAAACUUUUUCGACUAUAUGUCUUUUGCAUUCUCUCCUUGACCCUUCUUCAUUCUCAAAAAGAAUACACACCACACCAACAACAAAACAUAAAAAACAAUUACAUUUAAAAAAAAAAAAGAACAGAUCGAGAAAAGAAAAGAUAUGGAGUUUGAUCUUACGGACCCGCUAACAUUAAGCUUCCAAGAAGAACACCAAUCCGAUACCGAUAUCGCGGAUCUCUUUGCCUCCGAAGCUGAUCAUAUGCACUCGAGAAACUUCUUCAGUCGUUUAAAAAACAGCGAUUCCUAUGUUUCCUUUCGUUCUGAAGCAAUUUCUCUUGUUUUACAGGCACAGUUUUCGUGUGACUUUGAUCCCUUCAUUUCUUACCUUGCCAUUAAUUACAUGGACCGGUACCUCGUCUCUAAGCAAGAAAUUCCGCAAGGAAAGCCGUGGUUUUCAAGACUAUUUAUAGUCGCUUGUCUCUCUCUCGCUGCAAAGAUGAAGAACUUUCCCUUUUCACUCUCUGAUAUUCAGAGAGAUGAAGAGGGUUUUAUCUUUGACGCGAAAACAGUUCACAAAAUGGAGCUUCUAAUUCUUGAUGCUUUGAGCUGGAGAAUGAGAUCGAUAACACCUUUCUCAUUUUUCGCAUUCUUUAUGUCUUUCUUCGAACUGAACGACCAUCCAUUGACGCAAGCUUUGAAAGACCGAGCUUCCGAGAUCAUCUUCAGCUCUCAAAGUGACAUGAAGUUCUCGGAGUUUAAACCGUCGGUAAUUGCGGCAUCAGCUCUUCUCUCUGCAUCUCAUGAGCUAUUUCCAUUGCAAUUCCCUUCUUUCAAUGCUUCAAUCUCAGAUUGCCAAUAUGUUAAAAGGGAGAAUUUGAUAAAAUGCUUUAAUCAGAUGCAAGAAAUGGUGGCGAUGAUGCAAGUAUACAGUUCAAAUUGUGAAACAUUUUCAAGCACAAAAACGCCGAUGAGUGUGCUCGAACGUAAUAAAUUGGCAAGCUCAGAAAGCGAGAACUCUUCCACCGUGACCUCGACAACACAAUGUGACACCAUAAUAUCUGAGAAGGAAGACAACAAGAGACGUAAAUUGAAUGGUCCCUGUAAUAGGUUCAAUAUUUCUAAGUUUUGCCACUAUUGAUUAUGUUAGAAUUAGACAAAGCAGCUGGUUUUUGACAAUUGUCUCUCUUGCGAUAUUGUACUCUUGGUGCUCUGAUUUGAGGUCUCUCUAUCACUAUUUUCUAUAUUUCUCUCGUCACACCGUGUAAAAAGAAGUGAAAAUAGUGAGAAAUAACAAGAAAAUAUUUUGUUUCACGGGAUGUGAUAAUGGAUAAAACGGGGCACUUGAAAGUUGAACCACACCGUCUUGUUGUUCU